CUUCUUGUUCUUCUUCCUCCCUUUCUUUCUUCUUCUUCUUGAGGAAGCCAUGGAGUCCCCUAAAAAGUCCAAUAAGAUCAGCGAAGUGGUUCGACUCUGGCAACUCCUCAAGAAGUGGAGAAACUUUGCAAACUCAUCGAAAACCGCCAUAAGUGCUGCUGCCACGAGCCCGAACUGCAGCGGCAUUCACAAGAGCAUCACCUUCCUCAAAAGAACGAUCUCUUCUUUAUCAUCGGACGACAAAAAGGGCAGCAACAAAAAGCAGCACAGCAGCGGCAACAGCAACGCUGUCCCAAAAGGCUACCUUGCGGUCUGCAUCGGCAAAGAGCUUGAGAGGUUUGUCAUCCCGACGCACUACUUGGGCCACCCGGCGUUCAGGUUCUUGCUGCAAGAGGCCAAGGAGGAGUUCGGGUUUCAGCAGACGGGCGUCCUGAGAAUCCCAUGCGACGUUCUGGUGUUCCAAAGUGUUGUGAAGAUGGUGGAGGGGAAGAAGAAGGCGGCUGUAAACAAUGGUGGGUUGGUGGCGAAAGAACAGUGCAGGCUUGGUGCAAACGAGACGUGUGGAGGUCUCCUGUUGGACGGUGGUGAGAUGGAUCGUCGUCAUCUUCAUCACUCUCGUCAUCAUCCUUGGAGCCCUGUAUGCAGAUGAAUCUGUCUUCCCCUCCGUGUUUUUGCUUAGGUCUUACAUGUUUAUACCAGAGAUGUUGCUUCUUAAGAGAUAUAUAGGCUAUACUCUAUAUUCUAUGUCAAUAGAUAGACAAAUACAGAAAGCAUGGAGAAGAAGGGGAUGUAGUAUUG